AUGGAUGUUGGUGCGUUCUUCCUCUUCGGUUGUCGACGCGUCUGUCAAGAAUCUCAUCGACGGCAAGCAUGCCGAGCUGCGCUGACCUCUGGGCGACGGGCUCGCCCAGCAAGAUGCCUCAGGAUGUUGCUCGUCUGCACAGCCCUCACUGCGGUGGCCGCGAAGCCGAAGAAGCACGGAGGGGGGUCGGCGUCGAAGGCGCACUGGAAGAAGGAGAGCGAGUGCGCAAAGAGCAUCUGCAAGGAUUUUCACACCGACGAGAACGAUGAUUGCUUGGCAGCCUGUGUGUCCCAAUCGUGCCACGCUGAGGUCUACGCGGCGGAUCCGCUGGAGCCGGGCGAGGUGGACAGAGAGCGGCAGACCAAGUUCAACGGUUGUGUCAAGAGGGAGCAGGACGAAGAGAAGAAGCAGAAGGCGCAAGAGAAGCGCGAUGCUCGGAAUAGAUGA